AUGGGGAGGGGAAAGAUUGAGAUCAAGAGAAUCGAGAACACCACCAGCCGCCAAGUGACCUUCUGCAAGCGCAGGAAUGGGCUGCUGAAGAAGGCUUACGAACUCUCCAUCCUCUGCGACGCUGAGAUCGCUUUGGUCAUCUUCUCUAGCCGAGGUCGCCUAUAUGAAUAUUCCAGUAACAGCGUAAGGUCGACGAUUGAGAGGUACAAGAAAGCCUCUGCCAGCACUUCAGGAACAGCUCCAGUCAUAGAUGUCAACUCUCUUCAAUACUUUCAGCAAGAAGCGGGAAAACUGCGCCAGCAGAUACAAACCUUGCAGAAUUCAAACAGCCACCUGAUGGGUGAAUCAAUUGGCGGCAAUAUGACCGCAAAGGAGCUCAAGGGCCUUGAAAGCAGGCUUGAAAGAGGAGUUGGCCGAAUCCGGUCCAAGAAGAAUGAGCUGCUACUCGCGGAGAUCGAAUAUAUGCAGAAAAGGGAAGCAGAUCUGCACAACGAAAACAUGUUCCUACGGGCCAAGGUUGCAGAGGCUGAGCGAGCUCUGCAGGAGGGGGCGGCAGAAGCAGACCAGGCGGCGGUCCGCGGGGCUACGACGGAGCUGAAAGCGCUGCCGGCGUCGUUCGACCCGCGUGGCUAUGGCUACUACCAGCAGCAGCAUGUGCUGGCCGCCGCCUCCGUUGCCUCGUCGUCGCAGUACUCGGAGCAGCCCCAGGGCCAGCAGGAGUACGAGUACCACCACCAGACUGCCCUCCACCUCGGCUACCACGUCAAGAUCGACUCCGCCGCCGCCGGCAAAGGCUUCCUCUAG